UCGAUGUAACCUGCUCACAGCAGAGAGAGGCGUGUGUCAAGAGAUCCUUGUAGUAAGACAAAGUCAUCGAAAAGAGGUAACCCUUUGCACCGUAACACAGAGAAAAAAAUAAUAAUACAGAACAACGGCGAAGCAAUGUCUGUCGCGGGACUGAAGAAACAAUUCCACAAAGCUACUCAGAAAGUGAGUGAGAAGGUUGGUGGAUCAGAAGGGACUAAACUUGAUGAUGAAUUCAAAGAAAUGGAAAAGAAAGUGGACAUUACAAGCAGAGCUGUAUUGGAAAUUAUGACCAAGACAACAGAAUAUCUUCAGCCCAACCCAGCCUCUAGAGCCAAGCUGAGCAUGACCAAUACCAUGUCCAAGAUCCGGGGUCAGGAGAAAGGUCCUGGAUAUCCUCAGGCCGAGGCCUUGCUGGGAGAAUCCAUGCAGAAAUUCGGAAGAGAACUUGGGGAGGAGUCAAGUUUCGGCUUAGCUCUCAUCGAUGCUGGUGAUGCCAUGAGGGAACUUGCUGAAGUGAAAGAUGCUCUGGAUAUGGAGGUAAAGCAGAACUUCAUUGACCCCUUGCAGAUCCUUCACGACAAAGACUUAAAGGAGAUACAGCACCACUUGAAGAAGUUAGAGGGUCGCCGUUUAGACUUUGACUACAAGAAGAAGAGGCAAGGCAAGCUUCAAGAUGACGAGAUUAAGCAAGCCCUGGAAAAGUUUGACGAGUCAAAAGAGAUCGCAGAGCAAAGCAUGUUUAAUUUGAUAGAAAGUGAUCAGAUUGAACAGGUCAGCCAGCUGGCGGCUCUGGUGCAGGCGCAGGUGGAGUACCACAGGCAGGCCACGGAGAUCCUUCAACAGCUGUCCAGCAAGAUAGAGGAGAGAAUAAGAGAGGCCUCUGCUAAGCCGAGGAGAGAGUACGUCCCCAAACCUCGUUUGGUCAUAGAGUUCACACCAAGUGAGGACCAGAAUGGAGCAAUAACUAACAGUGGAACUGCAAAGUCACCAGCCCCAAUGGACCAGCCUUGCUGCCGGUCUCUGUAUGACUUUGACCCAGAGAAUGAGGGCGAGCUGGGCUUUAAGGAAGGCGAUAUUAUUACCCUGACUAAUCAGAUUGACGACAACUGGUACGAGGGGAUGCUACAGGGCCAGUCGGGAUUCUUCCCCAUCAACUAUGUGGAUAUCCUGGUCCCCCUGCCCCACUAAGCAGUAAAGAUGCUUCCUGAGCACCGACCCUGUUGCAACCAUGCUGCUGCUUUGACUACAUUAUCGGUGCUGACUCCCUGCCUCCACAAUUGGUUGCUCAAAUCUUAAAUUUAAUCUUCUUAUUUAAACAGAGAAAGGGUCUGGUCGUUUAGCUGCAAUAUAUACCAAGUCAGGAUACAUAUGGCUCGGUAGCCCAAUCAACCAUCUAAUAAAAGGAAUAACGCUCCAAUGUGGGUAUUAAAGCAGUGAGAUGAACCAUUGCAGUUACAGCAAGCUGAAUUUGAGAAGGCACUAUCGGUUGCCAAACAGUAUACCAUCUAAGUUAUUAUCUUUUUAAACUGAGGCUCUGAAACUGCAGUUGUUUACAGUUACUUAUUAGCCAUUAGACGUAGGACUGGGCAACCAAAUUCACAUAGUAUGUCUAAAUCCCCUUUCCCUUUAAUUAAAUUAAAAUAUACAAAGCACAUAUGAUCGCUAAUGGCUACUGUAAUUUCCUUAUUGUAUUUCUCUUAAAGGCAAUGUGAAUGCCAGUGUUUGGCCCACUCAGAAGUCAUAUUGUGUGUUUCACAUUUACAUUUCAGUUUGUACAUAGUCAUUAUUAUUAGUAUAGUGCAUUUUCAACGAUACAAGGUGGAAAAGGACCAAUGGAAAACCAGGAUUAUUUGGUUUGUAGAAGGUUGAGGGUUGAUUUAAAAUGUUUUAACGUAAGUGUUUUUUUUUCACUGUUUCUGGGGAAAAGAUUUUGAAGUCUGUCUCAAAAGGACCAAUACGUAGAACCAUCAUUGGUUAAUUUCAGAGGGGACCUUACUUUGGUCAGUACAAUGCCAGUUGUAUUUUUAAUAACAGGGAAGCACAAUUUUGAAAUAUUAUUGGACCAUACAGUGUUGUUCUCUUGGUGUAACAUUUGGGAAAACUGUGUCUUGUGUACUGACAGAUCAUUCAUGUAUAAUCUUUUUUUUGUUCUUCUUCCCUUUUCUGGACAUUUCUUGUGAGUAUUUUGCCCUCAAUGAGGACUGUACAGCUAUUUUUGUGAUCAGAAACACUUGGUUGAAAGUAUGUGACCUGUAAUUUUGUGAAUGCUUUUAUUUUGUCAUGGGUUUGUUUAUUAGUUUUCAUCCUGGGUGUACAAUGAUGUGUCUAGCUUAUCUUAUUUCUGCUAUAGUGGUAAAUGUCCUUUGCUUGGUUAUUAAAUAUAAUAUAUAUAUAUAUAU